UGCUUCUUUACAGUAGCAAACCCUAUAGUCUGCAAUAUUACAUUGACAUCCAACAGAGACACUGCAAAUUAGAGAUAUGGUCCACCUAUUGCCAUUGAUUCUUUUUGCUGUCUUGCAAUCAUGCAUAGUUUCUUGCCAGCUGUACCCAGUGCUAGCCCCGAAAAGCACCAAAGCGUCUCCAUCCCCGCACCAGGCCGACAGCACCAGGCAGCAUUGGAGUUGCCUGCGCUAGCGUGGCAACACCACUCAGCGUAUAACCAUAGCGCCAUACAACAGCGCUGAUAUAAAGGCCGUCAAUACCUCGCCAUUCAUCUCUGUACAGACUCAUCUGCGUUCGCUUCAAGAGCGCUCAUCGCCUAUGCCCACACCCAAACAUGGCGCACGAUACUUCGAGCAAUCCCUCAACACCAAAAAAUGAAUAUCCUGGGCUUGGACGUCCAUUGAGAGUGUUAGAUAAUACUCGAUUCCCUUUUUAUCCCAUAGGCGCCCACGUCGACUGUACCGGGACUCAGUCUGAACUCGUGCCUGUGCGAGAGCUUGCCAUGUUGGAUGUCAUGGAAAAGCUGACUGACAAAGAAAAUUGGCAUCGGAAAGUUUUUGACGAAGAUGUUGUAGCAAAAUGGCGCAAAGAAGCCCUAGCAGUCCCGGACACUGACUUCUGGAGCUUGGCGACCUGCGCGAAGUCACAGAUGUGGCCCAGUGACGAUGGGCCACCCGUCUUUGACAACCAGAGUCACCUCGAAUGCGAAUUAACAAACAUCAUGGACGAGACUACUUUCCAGAGUUGUAUUGAAGAACUUCGCAGCAAAGCAAAAUACUUUGAGCUAACCGGAAUCAUCCCUACACUCGACGCAUCAGCUUCAAUUGCCAAGUCCGAUGUCAUUGUGCCUGCCGACCUCCACGAAGAUCUACGCAUUGCAUUUGACAAACUCAAAACUGAUUGUGCAUCUUCCCCGGACUGGCAUCCUAACUCUUCCGAUAUGGUACAGGACUUGGUACAUCCUUCCAUGUAUCCGCUUGUUUACGGCCGAAGCCGCGGAUUUCAAGCAGAGAAAGUCGGUGUGACUGACGCCAUCAGGCGUUGGGCUGGUAAGGGAGACCUCAUUCCCAAACUAGAAUCCGAAUCUCUCGAAACAGUUCUCGCGAACCAGCCGCUCUUCCCACAUCACAAUUUUUCUAGUGAUCAUGAUAUUCCGCCAGAAUACUGGUCGGAUACAUAUCAGUGGCUACCAGCCAACGUGGCCUUUGGGGAAGGUGGCAAAGUCAAGUUUACUAGCUAUAUCAAUAACCUUCACCCUAUUAAAUACCCUGACAUCUAUCGUACAAUCGAGAAAUUGAUAGAGACAUCAAUCCCUAUGUGGGAUCAAUGUCUACGGAUGGCGACUGGCUAUAAUGAAUAUCAGGGUGCUGGUCGCCUUGGACUACGGGCUGAUAAGCCGGAGAAUGCCAGUGAUGAGGAAUUGCGUCUUUGGAUUCCCGAUAACAUUGAGGCUUGUGCUGAUGCAGAUGUCGACAUGAGUGAACUCGAGGAAAGAGGCUAUGACGAAGAAUUCUACGCCAAUAAUGAAGAACGGCGCCAAAAGGACUACAUGCAAUACAAGUGGGAGAAGCUCCGAAAACCAAAGAUACCGGCAAUUCCCUUCAAAGACGUUGACUAUGCGCCGAAAUCUGGUCAACGUCUGGCCGAAAGGUUCGCUGCUUCUGGAUUGCAGGUUAUCGUCAAGAUGGCCUCAAUUGAACUGACACCAGAAAAGCCGGAGUUUCCAGUUGGCGGAUGGCACGUUGAGGGACAGAUGAACGAAAAGAUAUGCGCCACUGCCUUGUAUUACUUGGACAGUGACAAUAUAACCGACGACAGCCUCUCAUUUCGCAUGCAGAUUCCCGAGGACAUUGAACAGUGGCCUGAAUUUGAAGUUGGGCAGGACUCCUACCACUGGCUGGAGCAGAUCUACGGUACCGUGUUGGCGUGCGGCAAUGGUCCUCGUCUACAAAACUACGGCAGUGUUCAGACGCGUCAGGGACGCCUUUUGGCAUUUCCCAAUGUCUUCCAGCAUCGCGUCUCUUCUUUCAAACUCAUCGACCCCACCAAACCCGGCCACCGUCGCUUCAUCGCUCUGUGGCUCGUUGAUCCUACAAAACGCAUCAUCUCAACUGCAAAUAUCCCGCCCCAGCAGAUGAGCUGGUACACAGAGUCCAUCUUCGGGCCCAGCGAAUCAGCCCAAGAAGGCGCGCUAGAAAAGCUGCCCUCAGAUAUCGUCGAGCUGCUUGUCGAGCUCGGUUGGCCUGGCCUCACUAACAACCGUGAAUGCCGGCUCCCAGAAGAACUCAUGGACUUUGUGCGCGCAUAUCUUAAACAAGACAAGUUUGCGCUGCCGAUGACUGUGCAGGAGGCGAAUGAGCAUCGCUUGAAGCUCAUGCGUGAGAGGAGUGCGUUUGUUAAGAAGAGUGAGGAAGGGUGGCAGAGGCAGACGUAUGAUUUUUGUGAGCAUUGAUGCUGGUGAGAUGAGUUAUGGGGGUAGAUUGGGUGGAUGACUGGGGUGUGAUGAGUCCGCUGUUUUUUUAAGGGGAGAAUGAGGUGUGUGAUACUUUUGAACAAUGGGAUGUGUAGAUUCACGGAACGAGGAUCGCGAACAGAUGAGGAGUAAUUUACACAUAACUGAGGUGCUAGCUAUGGGUGACCACCCGGUGACGCGCAAUGCAUGUCAGACUCGCAAAGGAAAUGCACAUCUCCAAAUAGGCCAUCCUAUCUCGCC